UUCCAGUAUAUAUUGAACACAGAGUUGCUCGUUCCCCUCAGUUGACGUAGCUGAUCUCGCAGCAGCACAUGAAAAUGUGUACAAUGGCGUCAGAACGUGUGGUUCUGUUUCUCGUCCUCUUUUCUGGUCACGUUAUUUGCGAGGACCAAGAGGUGGCAUCAGUAUCUUCGCACAAAACUGAGAGAAAAGUGGGUUUGCCAAAUGAGAGCAUAAGGUUAGGUGUCUUCGCCGUAGUUGAUGACAACAUUGGAAACAACACUGCCACUCUUGAAGAUUACAAGUUCUAUGUGGCAGGGUUAUUGGGUGGGGUAAACAUCAAUCUGAUGGAGUUUACGAAACCCACCGUCAAGUUAGGUCUCCUUGGUGUUCACAAGUUGGCAACAGAAGAGAAAGAGCGAAUUACCACGGACGGAAAAGUUAACUUCAAUGCUAUGUAUAAUGUGACACAGGAAAUUAAAAAUAAGGAACUACGAGCACGUGAAGCCGACAUUAUUUACGUGCUGACAAAAACCACCAUCCUUUCAGGCGGGAAAGAGGCACCAGGCGCUGCUUGGGUGCGAGGUGCCUGCACGGACAAUAAUAUAGCCAUUGGAAAUGACUUUCUGUGGUCCUACGGCGGUUUCGAUGUUUUCCGUCAAAACAUUGCGGCGCUGCUGGGUGGCCUGUCUCUCGAAUGUGAUAGCGACGGCAGCGACGCUUUUGAUGAAUGUCGCAGGAAGCACAUCAUGUCGCAUUUGAAAAGAAUAUGGAUCAACUGCUACGGCCAUACGAGCUUCUCGAAAUGGGUCCCCUUCUACACCAUGUCAGGGGAGAGAAUUGACAAGAAUGAAUUCUGCGCAUUUAAGAUGGGCAACCAAAGCGCUAAAGAAUGCAGCAGUUCAAAGAAGCAAAAUGCAGAGAAUUCGUCUUGUGAGAUAUAUUGUUGUCCAGCUGAACGUGGUGCCAAUGACUUAGCAGACGUCUCGGCGUACGAAUCGCCAGCUGGCACAACCUGCCGUGCUGCAAGUACUGACGCUGAAAAAGGUUCUUGCUACGGGAAGCAGUGCAAGAGGCGGGUAGCCCUACUAAGAUACGCCUUCCCCGGUACUGACAACCACAUUCCUCUCGAUUGGAAUUGACCUAGGCUCUAGAAAUUCACCCCAUACAACGCUCAGAACCGACUGGAUUUGAGAUUGUUACCGCUAUCUUUCUGUCAUGAAAGUUGGAGGCUAAGGGCCUUCUGUAGCACCUUGAAUAAAUAUUAAUUGCCACA